GUCCUCCUAAAAGGAAUUUGAGGGAAUGAGUUUUGUGCUCACCAGGGGGAUCCGCGGAGGCUUCCUGACGUCCGCUUUAAGGAAGUCCAACAAGUUACUUGUUACCGACUAACUUUUUCUUUCUUCUCGCGCUCGCCGCCGUUAUCCGGUACUCGCCAUGUCUGGAGAGCAGAGUCAGGAGGCUAUGAACAUGUACUCCGUCACCCUCAGCGGCCCAGCGCCUUGGGGCUUCAGGCUGCAGGGCGGCAAGGACUUCAGCAUGCCCCUCACUGUGUCAAGGCUGACGCCGGGCGGCAAGGCGGCCCAGGCUGGCGUCGGCGUGGGAGACUGGGUGGUGUCCAUCGACGAUUCCAACGCAGAGGACAUGACCCACGUGGAGGCACAGAACAAGAUCAGAGCAGCGACAGACUCUCUCACCCUCAGCCUGAGCAAUUUUCAGCCAACAGAAUCCAGCAGGAAAGUUAGAACGCCCGAGGUGGAGAACAUCCCCUGCUUUAUCCCCAACGACCGCAGCAAGAAGAGGCUGAUCCAGGACACCGAGGACUGGCAGCCCCGCACCGGCACCACCCAGUCCCGCUCCUUCCGCAUCCUGGCCCAGCUCACAGGCACCGACUUCAUGCAGGACCCAGAUGAUGAAAACAUGAAGCGGUCCAGGGAAAAGUUCCUCACCGAGAUUCAGAGUCCCCGCUACGCUCGUCUGAGGGACUGGCACCACGACAGGUCCGCUCGCGCUCUCAAUAUCAAAUCCUGCCUUGAGCCAACUCCCUCACCUGCCAAGGCCCAGGCAUCAGAUAAACCAGAUGCCUCCAGGACCGCGGCCGUAGCAGCUGGCGGCUCGGAGCCGAGCGGCCGGCCGCCAUGGGUGACCGACCCCAACUUCGCCGAGCGCUUCCGCCCGGACAAGAGCAGCCUGGUGGUGACCCAGCACCAGCAGCCGGCGCUGCCCACCCCCAUGCAGAACCGCAGCUCCAUCCUGCAGGCGGCGCAGCAGGCGCCCGAGGACAGCGGGAGGACCCCGCUGUGCGGCGCCUGCAACAAAAUCAUCAGGGGCCGGUACCUGGUGGCGCUGGGGCGCUCCUGGCACCCGGAGGAGUUCACGUGCUCGCAGUGCAAGGCGCUCCUGGAGGAGGGAGGCUUCUUCGAGGAGAGGGGCUGCGUCUACUGUACCAAGUGCUACGACAACCGAUACGCGCCCAACUGUGCCAAGUGCAAAAAGAAGAUCGCAGGGGAAAUCAUGCACGCCCUGAAGAUGACCUACCACGUUCAGUGUUUCAAGUGCGCCGCCUGUAAGGCUCCCAUCAGGAAUCAGGCCUUCUACAUGGAGGAGGGGGAACCCUACUGCGAGAGAGACUAUGAGAAGAUGUUUGGCACCAAAUGCCACGGCUGCGACUUCAAGAUUGAUGCCGGCGAUCGCUUCCUGGAGGCCCUGGGCUACAGCUGGCAUGAUACCUGCUUCGUCUGUGCUCUCUGCCAAAUCAACCUGGAGGGGAAGACGUUCUACUCCAAGAAGGAUAAGCCGCUGUGCAAAGGCCACGCGUUCGCUCCGGUGUGAGAGCGAGAGAGCCGGCCUCAGAGGACGGAGCUCAUCCCUCGCUCCCCCUUCCACCCGCGCCGACACAUCCGUAUACUGUCUACUUCCCGUCUUUCCAAACCACACACAGCCUUUGUUUUUUUUUUUUUUUUACUUCUAUCCUGCAGAUUGUGUUUCUGUACUUGAGGCUUCCUGCUAACGUCACUUGUCGUCACUUUACUGCGCUGUUAGCACGGCGCAGGCGCCACUGCCUGUAAUAUCCAAUGCUGCGUUGCAGAACUGGAAGUAGUCAAGGAAUUAUUUCCCAUCAGUACUAAUUUUUAAACUUUGAUCUUGAUGGAAAAAAAAAAAAGAACGUCUCCAGACGUGAAAUCUCACACCUCGGCCGUUCUCCUCCUCCCUCGCUAAUUCUGCGGUAACAAGUAUCAAGUCGGUGUCUUCCGAGUCGGAGGAGUCGUUGAACUGCUAAUAACCUCGCAUAUUGCGGUAAUGAUCGGCCACUUCUGCCGCACUAAGUGGCGGCCCCGUUCCGGACCCCGGCCUGCUCAUUAGCUGGAGCCGCAGCUCCCUCUAAUGUAACGCCGGCCGGCCGGCCAGGCAGAGCGUCUCCCUCUUCUGCCUCACUGGCCUCUCUUCACAGAAAGGCUGCGUCGCGCCGGUGGAAUCCGAGACCUUCCAGCAGUUUUUAGUGGAAUUUUGAGUCUUGCAGUAAUCUUUAAUUGAAAGUUUUAUUCAUUUUUGGGCGAUAGAGAACACCCUGUUUACUGUUUUAACCGUCUCACGUUUCAACAGCAAAGAUGAAGUUGGAUUAUUGAGACUUUUAUAAGUCCUGAGAUACUUGUUCCUCUUGUUACUAUGAUUCUGGGAUUUUUUUCCUUAGAUUACUUUCAAGCCGUUGUUAAAUAUGUAUUUAUGUUGCUUCAGAACUGGCUUUUUAAUGUUUUUAUAGCUGCUGAAAAGUUACAAAUAAAGUUAUUGUGUGAUGCCAUGUGCUGAGGCAGAGCAUAGUGCUGGA